AUGCAAAUUAUUAUAAUUACAGCAUUACAAGGAUGUUCAAGGGAUGAUCAUAUCAGUACAUCAUUAAAUACAUCUGAGGUUAGCAGUGAGCUUAACCAAGAUCAAAUACGAGCUACUGAGGGUUUAGAAGAUUUGAAUACUCUUUCUGAUUUAGGAUUAUCACAUGAUGAUCGAAAUGAUAUGACAACACCACUUGUUAAUGAAUCACUUGAAUCGGCUCUUGAUAGAGAAAUUCCUCGUCCAAGUUUUAAUUUGGAGCAAACCGAGCCAGCUGACUUUGAUUCUGACGAUAGCGCACGUGAUAAGACAUUCAAUCCAAGGGUAGAAGAAAGUUCGUCCUCUGAAGACAGCCUAAGCUCUUCUGAAAAUAUUGGGAUGUAUCAAGAAAAUGCUAGUAAUGAUGUUGUAUUAAAUACAAGAAGGAAACGGAAAGGACAAAACUUGCGCAAAACAAUUCAGAUUAAAAGAAACAAAGGCCAAUCUUAUGAAACAAAAUCAGGAAAAAUAAUUGCGUCUAGAAAAGUUACCGCCUUGUCAGAUUUCCGAAAAAAGUGUCGUAAUAAAAUUAGUUUAGAUAAUCAAACGAUACUUUUUGAUGAGUUAUGGGCAUUAGCAAAUUACAAUAAGCGUUCGGAAUAUCUAUCAUCACUGAUUUUCGAUACACCAAAAAAAAACACACGCAUACGUAAUACUGGCGGAGAGCCUAAACCACGAACUAUAAACCACACUUAUCAUUUAAAAGUAAAUGGCCAGCUGAUUGAGAAAGUCCUGCUGGAACGCUACGAUAUUAUUUUGAAAAGAGUAACACUCUUACGUCAAGAAAAUGUCAUCGUGUUUAUUGACGAAACAUAG